AUGUCUGAAAGGAAGGCAAUCAACAAGUAUAUUCCUGCGGACUUUGAUCCUUCCCAGAUUCGUCGGACGAAAAAGAAAAAGAGCACAGCUCUACCGACGGUGAGACUGAUGGCUCCCUUUUCAAUGAAAUGCUCAAAUUGUGGAGACUAUAUAUCCAAAUCGAAAAAAUUCAACGCCCGCAAGGAGACCACAAAAGAGGAUUACUUAGGCGUCAAGAUCAUAAAAUUCCACUUUAGAUGCCCUCUUUGCAGUGGGGAGAUUGUGUUUAGAACGGAUCCUGUCAAUGCAGAUUAUGUGGUGGAGAAAGGAGCGGUACGAAACUUUUUGCGAUCUAACGUCAAGGAACCAGAAAAGUUAGAGACGCUGGAAGAAACACUGGACAGAUUGGAGAAACAAGCAGAACAAGACAAAAAGGAAGAAUUAGCCAAGCAAAAGGGGAUUCACAAGAAAUUGAACGACCCAGAUGAGGAUAUAAUAGUGCAGGUAGAAAAGAAAAUGAUAGAACAGCGUGAAGAGCAAAGGCGGAUGGAUGAGCUCGAUGACCUGAGAUCAAAAAAUGCCAGGAUAGAGAGAAUAAAACGCUCGGAAAUAUCUCUGGAGGACAGAAUUUUGAACGAUGACUCUGAGUCUCUGGAAAAAGAAAUUGCAUCCAGAACUCGGGAAGCCUUUGAGAAUAAAAGACCACUAGAAAUUCGCCCAGAUGAUGAAUUCUCAUCUAAGGAGGCGAAGAGCGUUAAAUUGACCGUCACUGCUCCCAAGCGGGCUUCGAGAGCUUUAAUUAAUUCACUUAGUGGCAACAGAGAACAUUACAACGGUAUGCCAAGAUUGUCUCUUGGAUAUUCUUCUGAUUCUGAGUGA